AAUGCAUUUGCAUAUGUGCAUAAACAGGAGCAGCACUUGAUGGACUUGUAUAACAAAAUGAAUGGGAUAAAAGAAUUCCUAUCCUAAUUGGAAUACUAUACAGCUUUGGAGAAGUUGGAAAUGAAAUAAAAGGGCAAUCUUGAAUUUGAAGAGGAAAGCCUCACAAUUUACAAGGAGCAUUAUCAAGAAGUAUUGUCAAACGUCAUAAUCUAGUUUAUUAAAUCCUUCAAGUAGUAAUAGACAAGCAGCAAAAAUGAGAAAGAAGAGAUAAAAUAGUUUUUGAGGGAAACAUUUCCGGAAGUCAUUGAAAAGAUAAAACGAAUAAUUGCAGAUAAAGUAAAUUUAUAAUUAAAAUUAAGGAAAAAUUAAUCGAAGGUGAUAUCAAGGAACUGGCCAAGUUAAAACACUAAUAGCCAGAAGACAUCAGUAAAAGAUUCGAAGAGUUCAACUACCUCCAUUAAAAGAUCUAGGAAGGUAUUUAAAAAUUAAUCAUUUAAAUUAGUAUUGGAAUCCAAUGAUGAGUAAGACAUAUACAAGACCUUGGAGUUGUUGGAGUCAAAGAUUAUGAUAGGCUCUUUCAAAUAGAUGUAAAGUUAAGAAGUGGAUUUCUUUAUGAAGAGUGUUGACAAACUCUUCAGGGAAAAAUAAAAUCCAAAUAAGAAAUAAGAAUCCAUCCAAUUAGUUAGUUUAAUGCGAAGUAUAAUAUCUGAGUAUCUCAUCAAAAUGAUGAAUGAUUAACUUGAAUCUUCUUUUGAUUUAUUGGAUAAGGAACUCUUCUUUACCGAAUCCAAAAAUACUCAUGUCAGCGCCAAAGAUUAAUACGUUGCUCUCUUACGAAGAUUAGAAUGUAAUCCUUCUCAUAUCCUUAGAAUUGCACUUCACAGUUUGGAAAGAAGUGAUGGAAUUGCCAUAUGAUAAUUACCUAUUUGAAAUAGGUGAAAAAUAAUAUGAAUAAGCGACUCAAAUAGGCAAUCGAGCCAUUUCAUAUCACACUUAAAUGGACGAGAUGAUAAAAGCGAUGUUAGAACGUUUUUUGUAAAGAUGA